CUUUGAUUUCAAGUUGAUGGGAUCAAUGUGGGGCAUGGGGCAAAGUUCCCGAGAACUUAUAAAUGAACUAAUUUGGCUGAAGUGUGGAGUAUACAAAGGAGAAAUCCUUGCUCAAUUAUGACUACUGCCACUGCUGCUGCUUUGUUUCCUUGGGUAAAUUCACUUAACUUCUCUUGGUUCCAGCUUUCCGUUGGUAAAAUAAAGUUGGAUGAGAUAAAGUUCCUUCCAGCUCUAAAUCUGUGUUCCUGUGAUCAGAUUUGAAAAGAUAGUUUAGUAUUGGAUUAUCGAGGCCUUGAAUGCCAGGAACCCAGACCCGAUUUAGCCAGGAGCCAUCUGACCAGACGGUGGUGGCUGGGCAGCGGGCAGUGCUUUCCUGUGUGCUGCUGAACUAUUCUGGCAUCGUGCAAUGGACCAAGGAUGGGUUGGCUCUGGGCAUGGGCCAGGGCCUCAAAGCAUGGCCACGAUACCGGAUUGUGGGCUCUGCAGAAGCUGGGCAAUACAACUUGGAGAUUACAGAUGCCGAGCUUUCCGAUGAUGCUUCCUAUGAGUGCCAGGCCACUGAAGCUGCCCUGCGCUCACGAAAGGCAAAACUCACUGUGCUGAUCCCCCCAGAGGAUCCUACAAUCGAUGGGGGCCCUGUCAUCCUGCUGCGGGCAGGGACACCGUACAACUUGACGUGCCGAGCUUGCAGUGCCAAACCUGCUGCUACCAUAGUUUGGUUCCGAGAUGGGACGCAGCAGGAGGGGGCUAUGACCACAACGGAGGUGCUAAAAGAUGGAAAGAGGGAGACCACAAUCAGCCAGCUGCUCAUCUACCCCACGGAUUUGGACAUUGGGCGUGUCUUCACCUGCCGAAGCACCAAUGAAGCCAUCCCUGGUGGGAAGGAGACCUCUAUCGAGCUCAACGUGCAUCACCCACCCACUGUGACCCUGUCCAUCCAACCCCAGACUGUUCAGGAAGGGGAGCGAGUUGUCUUCACCUGCCAGGCUACAGCUAACCCUGAAAUCCAAGGCUACAGGUGGGCCAAGGGUGGGAUUCUAAUUGAAGAUGCUCAUGAGAGUCGCUAUGAGACAAAGGUUGAUUACUCCUUUUUUACGGAGCCUGUGUCCUGCGAGGUCCACAAUGAUGUAGGGAGCACCAAUGUCAGCACACUGGUGGAUGUCCACUUUGCCCCCCGGAUCGUGGUUGACCCCAAACCCACAACCACAGACAUCGGCUCUGACGUUACCAUCACAUGCGUGUGGGCUGGCAAUCCUCCUCUCACCCUCACCUGGACCAAGAAGGACUCCAACAUGGUCUUAAGCAACAGUAACCAGCUUUACCUGAAAUCAGUAACCCAGGCAGAUGCGGGCAUCUAUACCUGCAGGGCCAUUGUGCCUCGAAUUGGUGUGGCUGAGCGAGAAGUGGCACUGUUUGUAAAUGGGCCCCCCAUCAUCUCCAGCGAGGCUGUGCAAUAUGCUAUUCGUGGGGAUGGUGGCAAGGUGGAAUGUUUCAUUGGGAGUACACCACCCCCUGACCGAAUUGCUUGGGCCUGGAAGGAGAACUUCCUGGAGGUGGGGACUCUGGAGAGGUACACUGUGGAGAGGACCAACUCGGGCAGUGGGGUACUUUCCACCCUGACCAUCAACAAUGUCAUGGAGGCUGAUUUCCAGACCCACUACAACUGCACAGCCUGGAAUAGCUUUGGGCCAGGCACAGCCAUUAUCACAUUGGAGGAGAAAGAAGUUCUUCCUGUGGGCAUCAUUGCUGGGGCUACAAUCGGUGCAGGAAUCCUCCUCAUUCUCUUCUUCACUGCCCUUGUCUUCUUCCUCUACAGGCGCCGCAAAGGAAGCCGAAAAGAUGUGACUCUGAGAAAGCUAGACAUCAAGGUGGAAACAGUGAACCGUGAGCCUCUCACCCUGCACCCUGACCGGGAGGAUGACACUGCCAGUGUGUCUACUGCCACCAGAGUUAUGAAGGCCAUCUAUUCGUCAUUUAAGGAUGAUGUGGAUCUGAAACAGGACCUUCGCUGCGACGACACUAGAGAAGAGUAUGAGAUGAAGGUCUGGAGUGGGAGUCCCGGAAUUGGCAGGGACCCCACCAAUGGCUACUACAAUGUCCGUGCACAUGAAGACCGCCCCUCUUCCCGGGCCGUCCUCUACGCCGACUACCGUGCUCCAGGCCCUGCCCGCUUUGAUGCCCGCCCCUCCUCCCGUCUGUCUCAUGCCAGCGGCUAUGCCCAACUCAACACCUACACCCGGGGCCCUGCCCCUGACUAUGGCCCUGAACCCCCUGCCCCUGGCCCUCCACCCCCAGGUGGUGGUGAGCAAGCCAAUCAGCUCUCCUAUGAGAACUAUGAGAAAUUCGGCCCCCAUCCCUUCCCUGGGGCAGCCAACUACCCUACUUACCGGCUUGGCUACUCUCAGCCCCCUCCCCCAGGUUUGGAGCGGACCCCCUAUGAGGCUUAUGACCCCAUAGGCAAGUAUGCCACAGCUACUCGCUUCUCCUACACAUCCCAGCACUCAGACUAUGGCCAGAGGUUCCAGCAGAGGAUGCAGACUCAUGUGUAGGGAGCCUGGGGUGGGUGUCUCUGCAGGGCAGAGGAGAAGGCUCUCUUGACUGUUCCCUGAUAUUCAGGGGCAUUGCUGUUUGCUUCCGUCUUCAACCUAUCUUCCCCUCACCCUCAACCCCUGCCCCAGCUCUCCUCCUACUGCUGUUGGGGGGAAGAAUAUGUGUCUGAAACACCCCCUAUCCCAAGGAUGGUGCUUCAUACCCUGAACACUUGGGACUAUUCUGCUUUCUCUCCUUGGGGAGAUUUGUCUCUUCUGGUCUGUCCCACUCCCUACUCCUUCAUCUCCCCCACUCCCCAGCAUGGAGGCAGGGAGAGUAGGGGCUGGGGAAGUGACAGAGAGUUAUGUUUUGUUCUUGGUGUAUGUCUCUGUCUCUGUCUCUGUCUCUCUGCUCCCCCUCUUGUCUCCCUUGAAGUGGGGAUCUUGCUUUGGAGGAAGGGGGAUGCUGAACAGGAGUGGCCAGGUUGUGGGCUAUGAGAGUCCUUAGUAGGGAAGAACAGGCAUACCACCAAUAAUGUGACUCAGGAGCUCCUGGUUGGGCCCUCUGCCAUUUGCUCUCACACCCUGAAUUUGCCCUAUAUGGAGUCUGGACAAAGAAACUCAAAUCCUAGUUCAAGGGUGACCCUAGUUGCAAGUUCAAAUACAGUCAAGUUCAACCAGAACCUAAAUAUUCCUGCAGCUAGCCACAGCUGCUGCUUCUAUGUUCCGUCCCCUCCAUGGGGAACUAGAUUUCCCCAGUAUCUCCUUGUCUAGCCCUGUUCCCUCCUUUAGAAAGACAGCAUGGUACGGUGGAAAGAUCAUUUGACUAGGAGUAAUAGGGUACAUAGGUUUAAAGUGAUGCUUAGGCCUGUUCCCACCAGCAAAUACCUGGCCUGGCAGAACAAUCAAUGAUUCAAGGGACAAUAGAGGAAACACCAGAGACUCUGGUCGCAAUUCACCAGCAAAGGGGAUAAAUGUGCUUUGGUGCAGUACUUAGAAUUGGCACCAGAGGGAGCCCUGACCUCUCUGUCUUCCCACUACCACCCACCUCACCACCAUCACUAUCAGCCUCAUCUCUCCCUAGCUAUGCCCUCCUUUGUCUUUGUCUCUGGGUAGGAAAGGGGUGCAGAGGGAUAGACCAAGGUAGUGUGGAGGGCAACUAAGAGCCAGUAGACUAUUUUCAUAAAUUUCAGGAAACAAAAAACAAACAACAGUGAAACUAUCUCAAAAAAAAAAAGUGCCCUCCCAAAUGUAAGCCCCAGUAAAGAAGAGAGGGAGAAGGCAGAAGCCCAGAUGGGCAAGAGUGGCCUCUGCUUCUCACCCAGGAAUGGGCAUUGUCCAUCACACUUCCAGUCUCCAAGCACUUUGAAUCCUUAUUUAUUCAGGCAGUGGAACCCGUCAAGUGGUCUGACUCACAGGCUGAGUUGCCAUAACCUGGGAAGGAUUGGUUAGGAAGACCUUUUCCUGAAGGGUAGGAACUUCCAGGGAUGUCCUCAGAUGGGUUUUUCUGUUAAAGUGUCUUUUGUUUGUUUCUUCUGGCUCAGCCAGAACAUUUAGUUCACUUUCAGUGCCUUGAACAUCAAACUUUUGUUGACUACCCUGCUGGGGGGAGCCAGGUGCCUCCUACUAAUCCUCGUAGGAGGGGUGAUUAGGAAGAGAGAUUAAUACCCAGAAAUCACCACCAAGGGAGAACAUAUGUUCCUUUGGGUGGUAGAAUUCUAAAAAGUAACCUCAUUCCCCAUCCCAUCCCUAGGUCCCUAAGUGUUCCAAUCUCUCUUCCUGGGACCUGUCCCUCAGUCUCCACCCUUCUAACCAAAGAGAAUAGAAGCUGAAGGAGUAGGCUUAGACCCUGCCCAAUCCCCCACCCCUCCAAAAGAAAUUAAAAGCAGGACUCAUCUUAUUCUUUUUGGAGGGGAGAAGCAGCUGUGGAGCCUCUGGUCAGUUUCCCAUAGAUUAUUUCCCAGAAUGCACCAUGCUCCUUUUUGGUGGUCACUGUUCAUUAAUCCUGUUCAUGUUAACGAGCUACAUGCUCAUCAGCUACGCACCAUCAACACUCUUAUGGAUGGGUCUGUGGGAUGACAUUCACCCAACCUCUCCUGUGUAAGAACAGAGUUCUACUUAUGAAGUAGGCCCUGGCUCCAAAUAUACAGGUUACUCAUUUAUAAUUCAAGGGUGGUGCUUGAGGUGGGUCACAUAUUGGAGACAUCUGAUGAGUUCCAAACUUCUACAUCUAAAAGUUAACUUCCUUUGAAGUUGUUCGUGAGGAAAGCUCUCUAGGAAGAUUUCUUAAAGAUAUAGGUGUCUAUAAACAAAUCCAGCUGUCAAUCAUCUGGGCUAAAGGAGAGAAAAAUCCAGAGAUCCUAGGGGAUCUAAAUCUGAAAAUAAUCUGAUUGGUUGAUUUUUUUAAAUGGAAAAACCAAAGGGUUUUGACUUAAGAGUGGCCAGUGAAGACAUGUCAAAAAUGUAUAUUUAUCUGUUUCUCUUCUUUCCAAGCUGAGCUCUCAAUGUUUUCUCUGUUCAAUUCAAAUGUUAGCUUCUCCCCCUACAUUCCCUCAACCCUGGCUAGGUAAUUGGAAUGGAAGAGGCCCCAGGGAAGUGUGGGUAAUUUGGUGGGCUCUUGAAACCACUUGAAGAAAGUGGGGCCUGAGUCAAUGUGGGGGGUGGGAGGAGGGGAGAGUAUCAGAAACUGGACUGAAGCCCAGAGGUAACUCUCCUAGAGGGUUUUUGAUGCACUUGCAUUACCUAGCUCUAGGUUAUCCAUCUUACCAUUUAGCCCAGGCAAUUCUCCUUCCUCCUCCUUGAACAUUCUACUCAUUUGUAGACUUUUCGCUCCAACUAUAGCCCUAUGGGAGGAAAGAGAGUUUGAGGUUCCCUCCCUAUGCUUGAGCCCAGCUACUGAACAGGCCUUUGAAACCUAAGUCCUUCAUCAUUUUCUCCAUUCCUGGGGAAGUUAUGAUCCAUAUAGGCAGCAAGCUUGGAAAGGAAGGAAAUAGCUCAUUAAGAUGUAUGUGUGUGUAUAUACACACACACGUAUAUAUGUGUGUGUAUACAUAAAUACAUACAUAUAUAUGUCUGUAUGACUUAUGAUACCAUCUGUCCCCAGUGUGAGUAAAAAGCUGAGAAUCAGCAAGGAGGUCAAUAGGAAAGACCUACAGCAUUCCAUCUCCUCUUUGAGUUUUCAUUAUGGGGCUUCAUCUUUUGGUUAGAAAUGAAGUGAAUUUCCAGAAUAUCAGGCUACACUUAUAUAAACAUUCAUAAACAGAAACACAUUCCAAACCUCAAAGCAAAAUUAAUUUUGGAUUAAUCAUAUAGCUUCAUUUCUCCACUCAGAGUUUAAGGGUUGAUUAUUGCAAAGACAUCUGUAAACAUUCCCAUCCUGGGGAAGGAUGGACAAGUACCUGUUUUCUGGAGCUUAAUAAUUUGACGACAGAAGCAAAGGAAUUAGAGAUUCUCAUAUCCUGGAGGGAUGGAAGCUCCCCCACAGGUAACAGGUAUGGCCCUUAGAAUGACCUACUCUGUGCAGAAGCAUCUAAUUCUGAGGUCAAGGACCUGUCCUGGUCUGCUUUGGGGAAGGUGAAGUAAAGCAUCAGUGACCUUUCUAUUAGAGAAGAUAUAAAAGAACAAGAGAAGAGUUGAUAAUAAGAGGAGAGAAUUGGCAGUGGGAGGUAAAGGAACUUUACAGCUUUUGUACAGUCUUAGAUCUUGAAGAGACCAUUUCACUUGUGCUUUGGGUAGGGGUGGUGAUUUCUUUGGACAAGCAUCCUCUCUCUCCCAAGUUGGGUAAGGGAAGAGAAGGGUGAUUUAUACUAUCAUACUAUGCUAUGUGGAGUUCAACUUUAGCCAUGGUCUCUGUUAUCCAUGUCACUAUGGAAUCUUAUGCCCCUUUAAAUCUGCCCGCCAAAUCCAUUGGUGGAUAUGAUCAAAGACAAAAACAGGAGUUAGGAGAUAAGGGCAUCGUUGAUGUGAUCUGUGGUUUACCAUCUCCCAUUUUGGUGAGGGGAAAAGGAAGGUUAGUGUGUCUAUUCUCCUAUCUUUAAGAAAUAUAACUGCUCUCAAGCCCAAAUGAGCAACUUCUUUUCUCUAAGAUUUCUAGGGGUGUUUUCUUCAUCUUAUUUCAAUGUUUUGCAUGGGGGAAAAGCACAGUGGAGAUUCCAGGGCACAUGGUUCUGAGAUCUCUUUUCCCCUAACCUCUGGACUCCCUGAAGUGGCAAUUAGGCAGUCUUCCAAUUUGUUUUAUCCACGUAGACUUGUAAGGUGGGUCAUUCAGGUUUAAAAGCUUCACUGUGGAGUUGUCAUUUAGUUUGACAUCUAAAAGACUCACAUGAGCUGGAUGAGUCCUCAUUUUGCAUGUUUUCUCCCACUCUCACUAGCCAUUCUAAUUCUUGGAUCCAAUUUCCUAGCUCAUGACCCUUAUAAGGGUGUCCUCCUCUCAGAAAUUUAAUGUCUCUCCUCCCUUUUGCUGUUCAACCUUGGGUAUCACCACACCUCUCUGUGCCUCUGUUGGCCCUUCUGAUGUAUAAUGGAGGGAUUUGCCUAGAUGGAAUUUAUAAAGCCCCUUUCCCCAUGAGCAUUGGGGUAGGGAUUAUGAAGUAUUGAAAUGCACAGGUGUAAUGUAAUUUGAAAAGCUUUAUUUUUGUUAAGAGGUGAGAAAAGAAAUUUAACAUCCCCUGUCCUUCACAUUCUUUUCCUGCCUCCCUCACCCCCCCAGGCCAUAAUGGUGUCUCUUACUCCUAAAUAUGUCUCAACAGUGUCCACUACAAGCCAUUCCACCCUCUUAGGUUCCAUUGGCCACAACUAUAUUCCUUCUGAUAACUGGGCUGAACUUUGGGAUAAACUGGGGUUUGGUUGAACUGGGCUGGGAGGAUUCCAGAAUUUUUUAAAGGGGGGGAGGGGGGAAAUCUUGCUUCCUUGCAUCACUGUGAGUGAGCUCCAGGUCCUAUCCCUGGAGAGAUAAUUGCUGCAGAGAAGUCACAGGCCAUACUGGGCAGUCCUGGUACGAACCUGCCCUUAAAAAUAAUAAUAACAGUAAUAAUAAUAAUCACCCGCAUAUAACUGUUAAUCAUUCUUUGCUUGCCUCCUGACUUUUCUCUAGGCCCUCGCAUUGGCUCUAUUUCAGGAGGUGCUAAUGUGCUGUGGCCCUCCCAAUAGAAUCAAUGCACUGUGGACACUCCCCACUCUCCCUACCCCAUGCUUUACACAUCUGGAGAUUUCCUGAUGCCAUACACCCAGAAUUCACCUUCAUCUAGAAAGGGGGCAGUCUAGCUCCUGAUACAAUCUCAUUAGCAAUAGUGACCUGGAAGAGUUAGCCUCCAACAGGCACAAAAAAAGAGGA